AUGGCGGCGACACGAUGGGGAUGUUUGGGUCCGGGAAAGAUCUCAUGCGACUUCUUCCUGGCCAUCCAGGACAACAUUCCCGCACUGGAACACGAGUUUGUUGCCGUCGCAUCACGGGAUGAGAAUCGGGCGAAGGAAUUUGCAGAGAGGUUCAAAUUCAAACGGUAUUACAGCUCUUAUGACGAUGUUGCCAACGAUAAGGAUGUCGAUAUCGUCUACAUAGGAACCUUACACACCACUCACGUAGAGCUCUCCUUGAAGAUGUUAAAGGCUGGGAAGAGUGUACUUUGCGAGAAGUCAAUGGCGAUGAACCUAAAACAAGCCAAGCUCGUUUUAGAUACAGCCAAAACAGAGAAAAGACUCUUCAUCGAGGCUUGUUGGAGUCGUUUCUUCCCAGUUUACGACCUGAUACGCUCUGAGCUGGGCAAAGGAACCCUUGGUGAAGUCCGCAUGGUUCAAGCCAACUUUUGCAAACAGGUCGCCCACUUCGACCGCGUAAAGAAUAUAUCGAUGGGAGGAGGCGGUGUGCUUGUCUUCGGCAUCUACUGUAUACAGUUCGCUUGUCUCGUCUUCAAGGAAAUGCCUGAGUCAAUUACAGUAGUCGGAGGGUUAUUAGGAGACGUCGACGAAGGAGCCUGCGUCAUAUUAAAGUAUCGGGGUGGAGCGAUGGCCAACCUGACAUAUCACGUUAACAGCGGGCAGGGCAAAAACACCGCUGUCAUCCUCGGACAGAAAGGCAAAAUUGAGCUGAACGAUCCAUUCCAUUGCGCAACCCGAUGUCGCACCCCCUCGGGAGAACACGAAUUUCCGUUGAAGAACAACGACUACAACUUCAUCAACAGUAGCGGAUUGUCGUAUGAGGCUGUCGCUGCUAGGGACUCGCUCCUCAAAGGUGAGAUAGAGCACCCGAAAUACAGCCAUGCUGACAGCAUCAUGGUACACACGAUAAUGGACGAGGUACGACGUCAGCUGGGAGUGAGGUACCCCGACUUCGACUGAGGACUAGAGAUGCUUGAAAUUGGUCCGAA